AUGGCCGAAGACGGUGAAGGAAACUCUACUGGACAGCAAACAGGAGGGUUUUCAAAUCAGAAUCAGAUGAAUUUCAAUUCAGCUCAGUACGAUCCUGAUGAUCCUAUGUAUUUGCAUGUGAUUGAGAAUCCUAAUCUCAUUCUCGUUUCUCCACCCCUGUCGAAUAUCAACUACACUUCCUGGAGUCGUUCGAUGAAGAUUGCAUUGGAGGAAAAGAACAAGUAUGGUUUUAUAGAUGGAACUAUUGCCAAGCCUGCAGAAACAAUAUUGUUUGGUCCUGGCUAUUCAAGUCGCUCGGCCCUACAAUUGCAGAAGGAGUACUCUAUUUUGAACUUGCAGCAAAAAUCUGGAAAGUUCUUGGAAAGAGAUACUCCCAAGAGUUCACAAGGUAACUUGUUUAUCAACGAGUAUUUCACUAAGACUAAUGCCUUAUGGGUUCAAUUAAAUGCAAUGAGACCUAUUCCUACUUGUGAAUGUGUACCUAAGUGUUCUUGUGCUCUUGUGAGUAAGAUUAAGAAGGAGAAAGAAGAGGAUCAAAUCAUUAGAUUCUUAGAAGGCUUAAAUGAAGAAUAUGAGGAUAUCAAGUCAGGUAUCCUUGUAAUGGAACCUAUUCCAGUCAUGGAAAAAGUGUUGAACAUGACUCUAAAGAUGGAAAGAAAGCUUAAGAACUCAAUGAAUAUCAAAUGCAAUGAUUUGGCUCAGGCCAGUGCUGUGCAGAAUGUUCAGGCUCAACACUCAGAUGAACAGAUCAUGAUUGCAGCAUCAAAUUCAUAUAAUAGGAAGAAAUUCAAUACUAGAUCACAAAAAAAUGUGCCUAAGUGCACAUUUUGUGGGAUUCAGGCCAAUGAUAUUGGUCUGUCUCCUGAUCAAUUUCAAAGACUCGUAUCUCUGUUGCAAAAUCAAAAGCAAGGAAAUAAGUCCUCAACCAAUGCAGCUGUGACAGUCAACAAUGCUGGACUCAUUCCAGAUUUUAGAAACUCUAUGGAGAAUAGCCACAAUGAAGGCAGGUCUAUCUCUGAUUCUUAUGUUAACACUGUCUUGAAUUCUUCUAAUGUUUGGAUCCUAGAUUCAGGAGCAACAGAUCACAUUGUUUGCUCCUUGGAAUAUUUUGAAACUUUUCAUGCUGCUUAUGGAGUUUUGGUUAAAUUGCCCAAUGGGGACACAGUGAAGGUCACACACAUAGGACAAGUUAGAUUGCACAUGAACAUACUGUUGAAAAAUGUGUUAUUCAUCCCAUCUUUUCAGUUCAAUAUCAUAUCUGCUAGCAAAUUAACAAAGGAAUCAAAGUAUGAGAUUGUUAUGAGGACUGACUCUUGCACCCUUCAGGGACAUCUUGGGACAGUGGAUGGUUUUGCUAGUGAGAAAUGUGGACUGUAA